AUGGAUUCUGUUAUGAACCAGCAAGCCCUUCCACCACCACGUUACAUGAAUCCACCGUUGUAUCAUUACUACGGUCAAUCUGUUCCGAGUGUCAUGCAACCGUCUUUUCAAUACCUCGGUCCUACUGCGUCUGGUGUAGAUGGUCAUGGUCUUUAUGGUCCUUACUGGAACGAUGGAACCUACAUUCCAUACCGUCCUGCCGCUAUUAGAGAUCCUCGAUUUUACUCACACCAUGACGGGCAGUACUCAGUGCCCGGAUCCGCAAACUCCUGGAUUGCUGGCGACCCUGGUCUUGUGUACCCAGCCUCCACUCACACAUGGCCUGGUUACGAUAACGGUGGACCUCCAAUUUACCCUUCGUUCGCGGGUGCUCACAGCAUACCAUGUACGCUUGAUUACGCUCAUAAUUUCGGCCAUUCUCCUGCGAAUGCGCAACAACGUGAGCAAGCAUUCAAUUGGGCCCUCCAGACUUAUCGGGAGCUUCUCGUGUACAUUCAACAAGUUCGUAAGACGAAUCGACAGUACAAAUCACCUUACCAGGCUUCGUCUCCUGGUCCCAGAUUCUAUCCGAAGCCCCCGAAAUUCUCUGGAUCCCUCUCGUCAAGAAACUCGGCUGGUUUGAUAAGUUCUCAUUCUGCUCACAGCAACGUCUCGUCAGCACUUUAUGGCAACGCUUACCCUUACGGGCCGACUUCGAUCUCCUCUUCAACGCCCCUACCUUCUCCUGGUGCUGUCGUCUCGCCAAUGCAUGAUGCGUCACCACCAGCCCGAGCGGCGAGCGCUUUGGCUUUACUCACAAGAUACUGCGAUGAAGCAUCAUGGCAAUGGACUGAUGGCAUACACCUUGCUGGCUGUAUCGCGUACGGACUUGAUUGUUAUCAAAAGGCCGAGCACCUUUACCAGAAAGUUCUAAGUCUCGAACCCCGACAUGUCGAGGCCAUGUCGAAUCUAGCUGCAACGUUAGUGGCUCUCGAGCGAAAGAAAGAGGCUGAGGAGUACUGGAUGAAGGUCGUCAAGUUCGCGCCCAACUAUUUCGAAGCAGUCGAACAUCUGGUCGGCUUGCUUUGCAGCACGUCUCGCGGGAAGGAAGCUAUCAAGGUCAUCGAGUUCGUCGAACGAUCAUUACGGUCUUUGAAAGUUUACGAGCCGCACAAAACUUCUGAUCACCAGAGUGAGAAGUCGUCCAACGCAAGUCGCUCGCCCUGCACUUCUGAAAUUUCCGACCCAGCAGUUUAUGACUUCGAAUUGGACGGUGAGUUCUCGCGCGAGCCUUCGAGCCCGAGGGAACCUGGUUUUGGGUCAAGUGGAUACGCUAUUCCAGGCGCUGAUAAUGGCCGUAUGCUCGCAUUGGUGCACGCGAAGGGCAACAUGCUUUACACCCUGGGCGACAACAACGGUGCAGCAAAGGCCUUCGAAGACGCUGUGCUCAUUGCCACUGGCCGUGUGUUCUCGAGCAUCUCACAGCUUGUAAAACACAUCCUAUCCGUCAUCACUGCCUCGCAUCCUGAGCACAUUGGGCCCACCGAUCCGGUGCUUCUCUAUCCUGAGCAAGCUGCGAAUACAGCUCGUCUUUGCUUUCCAAAUCAGGGAGAACUGUCGGGCUUACGUGAUGUGCCUGCCUCGCCUUCUAGUCCCGCUAAAGGCGCCGCAGUUGCAAUAGCGAGUAACUCUCUCCUCUCGCUUGCGAAGAUCUUCCAGGAUGGCAUGGGCAGAAACAUCCAAGGCGCUGGUGGAAAGCCCAUGGUGUCGGGUGUAAGGGAGAUUCUUGCGCUCUACUACCUAUCCCUGUCGUUGCAGCCUAGCCCAUCCACUACCAACAAUGUUGGCAUCCUUCUGGCUAGUGUCCAGCAGUCGGUCCAGCCAGCAAUGACCUUCCAAGGCUCUCACGUUUUCAAACAGGAUAUCCCUGGCGUGCAUCCAGGGAGCGGCAUUGCACUUGCUCUAGCGUACUACAAUCAUGGUUUAAUGCUCGAUUCUAGACAUGCGCAUCUCUACACGAACUUGGGAAGUCUUCUCAAAGAUAUCGGCCAGCUCGAUGCUGCCGUCGAGAUGUACAGAAGAGCCAUUCAGUGCGACGGCAAAUUCGAUAUAGCAUUAGCAAAUCUUGCGAAUGCUGUCAAGGAUAAGGGGAGAAUUGCGGAGGCUAUCGAAUACUACAAGCGAGCCGUCGAUGUCAACCCUGACUUUGCCGAGGCUGUAUGUGGCCUUGCUAACGCGCUCAAUUCUGUCUGUUCGUGGCAGGGAAGGGGAGGAGUCGCUGCCGACGAUGGAAAGCGCGACCGCUGGCACGUAGAUCAGGAUGGCAUGCUGCUUAGCGCAGCACUGUCAAAGUCAUCCACUUUGGGCUGGAUCAAUCGUGUCGUCGACAUUGUUGAGAAGCAGCUCAAGGAAGGCGAAAGUUGGGGUCGUGGCAUCCUCACGCCGGGUUUCAUCGAUUCAAUCGUGCAGCAGAUCACAGUUUUCGAUGCUGAUACAACGGUUGGACAACAUCUCCGCAAGAUCAUCGCGGGUUGGUCUGGUCAGAAGUGGGAAGGUGCGCGUCUCAUCAAACUUGUCGAACGUCUGACGAGACGCAUUGGCUGGCACUGGUACCAAGACAAGCACGUGCGGAAGACGCACAGGUCCAGUUAUCGCAGGCCCCAACUUCCUGCUAACCUUAAUGUCCCGAAUGCGCCUACGGUAUUGCCUUUCCACACCUUCACCUGUCCAGUCUCGGCUAAGCAGGUCCGCCUUAUCUCGGAACGCAAUGGACAACGCAUUUCGACUAUGACGCUUCGUAUGCCUUGGUUGCCUGUUGAUGUGUAUCCUCCGCCAGCACCUCCGUCUCCAACAUUGAAAGUUGGCUACAUUUCAUCAGAUUUCAACAACCAUCCAUUGGCGCACUUGAUGCAGUCUGUCUUUGGCUUGCACGAUCAGCGAAGGGUCGAAGCGUUUUGCUACGCAACUACCGCCUCGGACGAUUCACCUUACCGUCGCAAGAUUGAAGAAGAAUCUCCCAACUUCUACAACGUUAGCAAUUGGACGACAGAACGCCUUGUCAAUCAAAUAGUGUCGGAUGGUAUCCAUAUCCUCGUCAAUCUCAACGGAUACACUCGGGGUGCUCGCAACGAGGUCUUUGCUGCCCGCCCGGCUCCCAUACAGAUGUCGUUUAUGGGAUUUGCAGGUACUCUGGGAGCUGAAUGGUGCGACUAUCUUCUCGCCGACGAUACCGCUGUGCCACCUUCUGCACUCCGUCCGUGGCGCCGAAAUCUCGACGUCGAAGACCAACUGCUUCGCGAAGGCGAGAGUGAGGAGGGCGAUUGGGUGUACGCUGAGAACCUUGUAUACUGCCGAGAUACCUUCUUCUGCUGCGACCAUCGUCAAAGUGCGGCAGACUCGGAAGAACGUAGGCUAACCUGGGAUGAAGAACAAUUUCGACGCUGGGAGAUGAGAAAGGAGAUUUUCCCUUCCCUUGCCGACGAUGUUGUAAUCUUUGGCAAUUUCAACCAGCUCUACAAAAUUGAGCCAACUACUUUCCGCACCUGGCUUCGCAUCCUUUCUCAGGUUCCAAACAGCAUUCUCUGGCUAUUAAGAUUCCCUGAUGUGGGCGAGAUGUAUCUCAAACGCACUGCAGAGGCAUGGGCGGGCGCUGCAGUAGCCGCUCGUAUUAUCUUCACAGAUGUUGCUCCAAAGCAUCUACACAUCAGCCGCGCUAGAGUCUGCGACCUUUUUUUGGACACUCCUGAAUGCAAUGCGCAUACCACGGCGGCCGAUUGCUUGUGGAGCGGCACGCCUUUGCUCACGCUACCGCGCUACGAGUACAAAAUGUGCAGUCGCAUGGCUGCCUCGAUACUCAAAGGCGCACUGCCCAAAACACCAAUCGAAGUCCGUGAGAAUGCCGAGAAAGAUCUGAUCGCAUCCUCAGACACCGAGUAUGAAGAGAUGGCUGUGCGCCUGGGCAAAGGACUUACAUAUCCAAAGUCAGGAGCUGAAGUUGGCAGAGGUCAAGGUAGAUUGGUCGAUCUUCGCAAGAUUUUGACGGAAUCGAGGUGGACGUCUGCUUUGUUCAAUACGGCUAGAUGGACAAGAGAUCUUGAGGAUGCGUAUGAGGAGGCUUGGAGACGAUGGGUCAAGGGCGAAGGGGGCGAUAUCUGGUUGAAGGAUGUGCCACGUGGUGGUCAUCGGGUGCAGGAAGUGUGA